GAAAAUAUGAGACAUUUGAUAUCCUUCAUAUCGUAAUAAAAAGCGGUGUGUUCUGGUACGAAAUCAUAUCUUCACUAAGAAGGCAACAAAAUGAAUAUGUCAGUGCUUCAACUCUUGCUUGUCGUCGGACUCUUCGUCCUCUUCGGGGCUGUGGACGCGGAUGUAAGAUACACCAGAACCAAAGCCGAUGGUUACUAUGACACCAAAGCCGAUGGUUACUACGAUGGUUACUAUGACGCCAAAGCCGAUGGUUACUACGAUGGUUACUAUGACACCAAAGCCGAUGGUUACUACGAUGGUUACUAUGACACCAAAGCCGAUGGUUACUACGACACCAAAGCCGAUGGUUACUACGAUGGUUACUAUGACAACAAAGCCGAUGGUUACUAUGACACCAAAGCCGAUGGUUACUACGAUGGUUACUAUGACAACAAAGCCGAUGGUUACUAUGACACCAAAGCCGAUGGUUACUAUGACACCAAAGCCGAUGGUUACUACUAAAGAAAUCGAACAGUACUGAUUUUUAAAAUAAAUAAUUAAUAUGCAUGCACAUGA